CAGUUUGUGAUUUUUUUUUUUUUUUUUUUUAAGACAAAUACUCCUUGGACAACACGUGGGGGUGAGAUUGACUUUGUACUUGGACACUUUUUCAAAAACCAACCUUACUGCCGUGUUGUCAUCAUCGUGGCGAUAAUUAAAGGACCGUAACUUUCUGUGUAGCUGUUAGCGUCCUGAGGAGAUGCCCCCAUUUCGUUCGAUUGUGCCCUACACACUGCCUGGAGUUCUUGCACUGAUUGGCUGGUGGUGGUACACCUCUCGUAAGAAAGAGCGUCUCAUCAGCCAUGGCGACCCAGAUGAAAGUUCAAAUAAUGCAAUCCUGAGAUCGUCUUUUUCAGUGGGUAGGAAUGGCUUGGUUGAGAGAGAUGCUUUAUCCACUACAAAUAACACAGAACACCACUUCAUCUGCAGACAUCCUAAGCCUACUCGAAAAGACAAGGAAAAGGAAAAUAUAUCCUCAAAGCAUGGUGGUGACACAGAGACAGCAUACUUAAUGGGACAGACUCCAAGAAGGGCAGGUGUUGAGACAUGUGGAAGAAAUCUGGAAGUAGAUGAACCCACAGUCUCAAAUUUGCUAUCAUUAAAACAGGAUGAGAAUCUUAAUGUGUCACAAAACGAACAUAGUGACCUGCAAAACACUCCAGCACACACCAGUGCUUCAGAAGCAAUCAUCGAUCAAAAGGGAGAAUCAAUGUCUGCUUUAGAAGUCACUGUCAAAGAGAUCGUCUUGCCCUGCCAAACCACCAAAGUUACCCACUUAAACACCAUGUCAGUGUGCCUUUCUGAUGCAAAGCGGCCUGAGCCAGAGGGGGAGGUUGCAAAGAACCACAGCACUGUAAUGACACAGGACGGUAGUUGUACAGUCAUACCUAUGAAAUUGCAGAGAAUGGUCUCAUCACAGUUAGAGUCUCAAGAUGUGUCCACUUCAGUGCAGGAUUUUAAUCAUCACAUUCUAACCAGUACACCUAACAGUUUUGUCCUCACCUCUCAAGCCCAGAUUACGUCAUUAAGGUCACAGGAAAUCCAGGUUCACAACAGUUAUGGAGAAGCAGAUGAUAUAGAAGUUCUGGCAGCUGGACUCAUAACUGAGGUCAUCUCAUCAGCCACCAAGCGGGUCCUUGGUGGCAUCAGCCUUCCAGCUUCUGACAGAAGGCAGCAGUGUCACCACCCUCGAUUGUCAAACCACUUUAAAAAAGACUGUGAUGUAGCACAAAACAAGGAGCAAGUGAUGCCUGAAACGUCUUUUACUACAUCGGUAUGGGAGUCUACAGAAAUUAAUGAAUUAGGUAAUCAGAUAAACGGUACACAAAAAGAGCCUAUUCCAAAACUGUCUCAGCAAAUACCAGACAGUGCGCCUCUACUUUACAACGAACUAAAAGGUGAUGAACUAGCAACUCAAGCUGAGGACUCUGCUUGCAGCACCUUCCACUUUGAAGAUGGGAUCAGCAACGAGAACCAUCAAAAUAGUCUGUUAGACAGCAAAAUGGAUGUCUUCCAGAUAACAGACUUGUCAGAGAAAGAAGCAAUACAAGCCCAAUCACCGAUUGAGACACCUACAGAUGAAAUUAUUUUUUCUUCAGUGGAAGAAAACUCUGUGUGUGGUGUAAAGAUGCUUGAUGAAAUGGACCUUAGGAAUGGACCUCAGGGAUGUGAAGUGGAAACAGACCAAUCUGGAGGCUCUGAUGUGAACAGUAUGGACUCAGUGGACAGUGGCUGCACGAUGGGCACAAGAGAGAGUCAUAGUAACCAUGCUUCCUUCUCAAACAGUGAGCUUGUCAUCUGGGAGAUUGAAGUGCCAAAGAUUCUUGUUGGGCGAUUAAUUGGAAAGCAAGGAAGAUAUGUGAGUUUUCUGAAGCAGACCUCUGGUGCAAAGAUAUACAUCUCAACCCUGCCUUACACGCAGGAGUUCCAAAUUUGUCACAUUGAAGGUAUCCAACAACAAGUUGACAAAGCCCUGUCUCUGAUAGGAAAGAAGUUUAAAGAUAUGGAUUUGACCAACCUUUAUGCACCUCCUCCACCCCCCCUCACAUUGCCAUCACUCCCCAUGACUUCGUGGCUGCUUCUGCCCAGUGGUGUGACGGUUGAAGUGAUUGUGGUCAAUAUUGUAUCUGCCGGGCACGUUUUUGUGCAGCAGCAUACCCAUCCCACUUACCAUGCCCUAAGAAGCCUUGACCAGCAGAUGUUCUUGUGCUACUCCCAGCCAGGCACCCCCACCCUUCCUUCCCCAGCUGAAGUUGGUGUGAUAUGUGCUGCUCCAGCAUUGGAAGGAGCAUGGUGGAGAGCUCAGGUCAUCACGUUCUACAAAGAAUCAAAUGAAGUGGAAAUAAGAUACGUUGAUUAUGGUGGCUAUGACAGAGUCAAGAUUGACUCACUGCGGCAAAUAAGGUCUGAUUUUGUAACAUUACCGUUUCAAGGGGCGGAAGUAUUACUUGACAACAUCUCUCCCCUCCCAGGUGAGGAUCGUUUUUCAUCAGAGGCCACGUCAGCAUUAGAAGAGAUGACAAGAGGACUUGCAUUGCUUGCACAAGUUUCAAACUAUGAUAAUAAUACAGGCCUUCCACUAGUUCAUCUUUGGAACAUGGUGGGAGAAGAGGUUAUUUCAAUAAACCGCAUGCUGGCUGAGAGGGGCUUGGGUGUCUGGGUGGAUGGAUUUUGAACGAUCACUGGUUAACGACACAACACUGGAUGUUUUUGUUUUUCUGUUUUUCCUGUUUUCCUUGAAAAAAGACAAUUUUUCUGGCAUAAUCUUUGAGAAUAUACUGCUUUAAAACAAACUUUUUCCUCGUUUUCUUGUGAAAUAAAAAUCCAAAAUGAAAAGAAGAGCUACAUGUAAAUGAAAAAUAAGGCUCUAGAAUAAUUCAAAUAAAGGUUUAACUAGUAUAUUUUUCUUCCCUACCUUACUUUGGCGCUGGGCUUUUGGGCAUCUUUUAAACAUCAUGCUCGGUGAGGAUACCAAUGUCACACUAUGUAAACGUGUGUUAACACUAAUUACUAAUUCAGUGAAAGCUAUCGGUCAGUAAAUUUCAAUAGUUUGUUUAAAUGGUUUCUGUUCUAACUCUGUAAGCAUGGUAAUGUCUUAAUGCUACAAAGUGCAAGGGUGAGUUGAUAGUAAGUGGUCAAAGCAUGGAAACAGUCACUUAACUCUGCUAUAGCUGUUAUCAAAAUGCUGUUCUCUUGAGUUUGAUAUCCAGGUUAUCUGCAAACUAUCAAACAUGCUUUUUAUCUCAAAUCAUCCCGCCUCACCUUUCCAUCACAGUACCAUGCAACCCAUUUUAAUCAUAGAAAUAGAAAGUGAUUCUACUUUCUUCAUGUAUAUUCUGUUUUCCGAUAAGAAAAAGCAACCAAGAGGUCUUUCACACACAAAAAAGUUGUGAUUCCUUUUUGGGAGGAGGGGCUUUGAAAAUUCAGACCCAAACUGUUAUAGUCAAACCGGUGGGGGGAGGGGGGGCUCCAUAUACAUUAUGAGUGGGCCACUUAAAACACAGACUUCAACCUUUAAUAUUUUGAGCUUUUGUAACACUAAAAUAACGUUUUGGUUGAGGGACAUAUUGGGAUCAUUGAGGUGAGAGUGAGACAAUGCCUCAAUCUGAAAAACCCCGGUGGAUGGUUGGAAUCUGUGUGCCUGAAGGCCGCUUCUGGCGGGUUUGAGUGGAAAUUGGCUUAAAAAAAAAAAAUCUUAGGAGCCUGUUGUCUGUUAUCUGUACUCCCAAUUAUCUAGUAAAUACUGUAGAUCUGUUCUGUAAUGAAAAAUUAAAUUCCACUACACCUAGUUACUUUGAUCCUAUGUAAAUAAAACUAUUUUCUGUAACACUGAGAAAGUGAAAUUUAAAGGGAAUGAUGGGUAUUUAUUGUUAUUGUUUGGUCUGUUCUAGUUAAUCUUGGCUCAACCUUUCACACACACCCAUAUUGUUUUGCUUAAAAUUGGGGUACUGUUUAUUUUUUUUUUGCAGAGCUAGACAAGUCAUAUUUAGGUUAUUUGAAAAAUACUGUUCCCUGAACAUAUAACAUGUACAGAUGAAUUUUUUGCUAUGGCUCCUCUUUAUUUUGAUUGUACAGAUAUAUAUGGGGUUGGCAACAACAACAAAACAAUAAAAGCUGUUUCGAGUGUUA